UCAGCUGAUGUAAACGUGGAGGAAGCCUAAUCACUGCCUCGCCUGAACUGCUUUUUCACAGCGGCUGAUGGACGGAGCGAUGCCGGCGAUGAACGGCGCGGCCGGCGGCGAGGACUACCAGCAGUGGAUGGAGAGCAAGGCGGCCCAGAGCAAGGCCUCGCCGCAGCCUCAGCGGCACGGAGCAGAGGUCUACUCCAACACCCUGCCUGUGCGAAAGGCCGCCCCCACCAAGAGCAAGACCCCCCUCUUGGAGACCCGCACGCUGCCCCGCUCCAGCUCCAUGGCUGCAGGUCUGGAGAAGAACGGAAGAACCCGCGUCCAGGCUGUCUUCUCCCACGCCGCAGGAGACAACAGCACACUGCUCAGCUUCGCCGAAGGCGACGUCAUCACCCUGCUGGUGCCCGAGGCCCGUGACGGCUGGCACUACGGCGAGAACGAGAAGACGAGGAUGCGGGGCUGGUUUCCUUUCUCCUACACGCGGCUGAUCUCUGAGAGCGGCGGCGACACCAUGAGGCAGCUUCGAGUUCACAACCUCCAUCUUGGGAAAAGCAGCAGCACUGGCAACCUGCUGGAGAGAGAGGACAUGAGUCUGCCCGGCCCGGAUUACGGCACUCAGUCCCGGAUGUCUGCACAGAGCAGCGCCACGCUGCACAGACAGCAGCGCCCCUACAGCGUGGCAGUGCCUGGCUUCCCACAGGGAGCUGAAGACUAUGACCCCCGCUUCCACAGCAGUUCCACAGACGUCAAAUUGAUUUCCACAGUGUGAGACGAUGUCAUAGGACAGCCCCUCCCCCCUUUCCCUGCCUUCUGCUUACGGCAAUAACUCGAUCAAUCAGAGGAAGAGACUUGGGCGAGUCCUUUUCAUCUCUCCCUCUGUCCCCGAGUCGCCCGUCUGACCUGUAGCUCCGCUGAGCCGCGGCUGACAGACGAAAAGGAACAGACUCUGUGCAUCAAUAGCUCCAGUCCAUGUGACGGACAUUUUUCUGAGGAAAAUUGAUCUUUCAAUUCUAUUUCAUGCAUGUACAUGUCUUUGUAUAACUGAGGGAUUAAACUUCCUUGCUAUGUUUCAACUAAUCUCAGCGAGGGAAAACAUUAAUGAAGCGCUUGAUCAUACGGAGGAUUUCACAUAAAAAAAAAACAUUUUUAUUUUUGCUGAAUUAUUUCUGCCUUUUCAUGCUGUGAAGUUUUGUAUUCCUCCGACCUGAGAGGUCCUGUAAAUGUUUGAACGAAGAAACAUGAAUGUUACCUGUACAUACCUGUGCCAUGAAACGUGAUUCUCACACAGUAUCUAUUUAACGGAACAAAAUGCACUUUAUGAAACUAAUAAUCUCUGUCUGGGACUCUGUGUGAACCAUGAACAGUUUUCCGUAUUGGUCUGUGAACUUGGACACUGUGCUCAGUCACAACUGACAGGUGCUUCUAAUCAUGCUGUGCUGCUGAGGUGUUUCAGUGCUGAUGCUGCUGCUUCAUGCAAUCAGAAAAAGCAUCUCCUCUUUAAAUGUUUG